CAGACUUCGACCAAGUAACAGCGCGUUCCCGCGGCAGCUCGGCGCAAAUGAAGAUAGUUUUUAGUAAACCCCUCAGGAAUACAAUCAUGAAAACACAAACCAGUGGACGACGGAGAUUCUGGAUUCUGGAAGUCCUGGAUCCGAUGUUGGAGUCCAGUUUUCACGACUCUGUGGACGCGUAAAGAAGAGAGGUUCCGGUGGCGAUAUUUUCUCUGUCAGGAAGUUUGACGUUUUCAGCAGAAGAUUAUUUCACAUUUUGUUUUGAUUGGGGAAACUUUUCUAUCAAUUACUACAAAAAAGACGCACAAAACCUGUGUGCGUGUUUCCUUUCUUUAUGCACGAGGACAGAGGACAGAGGACAGAGGAGAUGUUGCAGGAAUUAUCCAUUAAGUGUAAACAUCCAUGAAGUUUACACAACUUGUUUUAGUUUCACAGAAGUGUUUGAUGCCUCUGUGAGGUUGUGUGUUAAUGUGUUUAAUAUAUGCAUGCAAACAUUACAUUUAAAAGCAAGUCAUUUCAAAACUGAAGCCUGAGCUCUAUUUUUACGCACAGAAUCAAAGCCCUUGUUUUUGUCCCACACCAUGCAGUGAUGGGCCUUUCUUUAUUCCUUUAUCUUUAAUCCACAUUCAAGCUGCAAUGCGACGCAAUCCCAUGCAAUUCACUCCCAGAAGUCAACUUAUUUCUCUCCUGGAGUUUUUUUGGACUCCAACCUGGCAACACGGAGAAGGAAAAUCUGCAAAGUUAGCAGGAAGAGAGACCAUCAAAUCACGGAAAUCAUCCGGUCCUUUCCUCUGGCGAGCUGAUCCUCACAAAUGGAUUUCAUAAAGGCCACACGCUUAUUGUUACACCUUGUUCUGUAGAUGUAACACAACUACGGGACACAGCAGCUCAUCUCUGGAGCAUUAAGAGAGAGGCUGAUGUCGACUUUGUGCUCUGAAAAUGUUUUGGAAAUGUAAGUUUUUCAGAGACCUGAGGAAGUUUCACUGGAGCUCUGUGAUGUUUUCUUUUCCAUAGGAACAUUAGCUCUGAAAGCAGACAGCUGUCUGAUGUGACUGGAUUUGUUUUUUGGGGAAGUAUCCGUUUGUGCUCAAACUUUCCGUAGAGGAAGAGAGGACCCUGUUACCUGGGGGGUCAUCCCCGCCAUGGCGCCCCCACACUCUCACACACUCUCCCCGGUGUGUCGGGGGGACUGAGGGGACCGAUGGACGUGACAGAAUCCUGGACCCACUGCGUCAUCUCUGCCGCGAGACACAGGUGACCUGCACGCGGGAGAAGCCUCGACUUGCCCUGACUGAGGUCGCCAAGGCAACAGGCUGCGGGCUGGUUGGCAAAGCAGAGUCAAGGUUCUGGGGACUGAUUUGAAGCUCACGUACGCAAACAUCGCCACAAUGAAUGAGAGGCAGGCUCUCCACUCCAUAAUGAAGGACCUGGUUGCCCUCCAGAUGACGCGGCGCCAACCUCUGUCGACAUACGACAGCGGCAAACCCAAGACACCAGCCCAGGCCAACAGACAGGAUGAUGUCAGGAUAAAGUUUGAGUUCUCAGGAGAGAGGAGGAUCUUAAUGUUUGGACGGCCUGUGCAGUUUGAGGAAAUCCAGCAGAAGGUCAAGAGUGUCUUUGGCCAGCAGCUCGACCUGAAUUAUAUGAAUAAUGAGUUAUCCAUCCCUCUGCGAGAUCAGGAUGACCUGGACAAAGCAAUCGACCUGCUCGACCGAAGCUCCAACAUGAAGAGCAUCAGGAUCCUGCUGCUCACACAGGAGCACAGCAAUGCCUCCUCCCCCUCCCAUCAUGUGCCAUGUAAGCAGGUGAGGAUUAAGCCUUCCCAGUCCACUGGAGACGUCAGCACGGUGUACCAGUCCGCUGAACCCAGGGGGCGCCACCUAUCAACGGGUUCUCAGAACACGGGUAGAAGUUCGCCGCCUCCUGGGUAUGUGCCUGAACGCCAGCAGAGGAUUGCCCGCCAAGGUUCCUACACCAGCAUCAACAGUGAGGGGGAGUUCAUCCCUGAGACCAGUGAUCAGUGUGUGCUGGAUCCCUGGAGCAGUGCAGAGAACUCUGUCUCUGGAAGCUGUCAGUCUCUGGACAGCAACUCCGACAGCCCGUCUCUGAGGAAGUCCCGCAUGCACCGAGCCAAGAGUUACCCUGAUAACCGUCAGGACUGCUCAGACCGGGAGAAUCACGUGUAUGACCGGGUAGCAGGGAAAGGAGGCACCUACCCUCGAAGGUACCACGUCUCCCUGCAUCACAAGGACCACAGUGAAGGCCGUCGGACAUUCCCGCGGAUCCGUCGCCCUCAGGGGAAUCUAUUCACUCUGGUUCCCUCGCGAAGGUCGCUCAACGGCAGCGAGGAGAGUCUGGGCAGCUGGCAGCUUGUUGACGCUCAGGGCCGACUCCGACUUCAGGAUCGAUCUGUCGCACACAAAUCGCCCAGUGCUCCGAUGACAUGGCGGAGGGGGAAGCUGCUGGGCCAGGGAGCGUUUGGUCGGGUGUACCUGUGUUAUGAUGUGGACACUGGGAGGGAACUGGCUGCCAAGCAGGUCCAGUUUGAUCCUGAGAGUCCUGACACCAGCAAGGAGGUCAGCGCUCUGGAGUGUGAAAUCCAGCUGCUGAAAAAUCUGCAUCACGAGCGCAUUGUUCAGUAUUACGGCUGUCUGAGGGACCACAAUGAGAAGACCCUCACUAUCUUCAUGGAGUACAUGCCGGGGGGUUCAGUCAAAGACCAGCUAAAGGCCUAUGGUGCGCUGACAGAAAAUGUGACCCGGAAAUACACCAGACAGAUCCUGGAGGGCAUGUCCUACCUGCACAGCAACAUGAUCGUACACAGGGACAUCAAAGGUGCCAACAUCCUGAGGGAUUCAGAGGGCAAUGUGAAGCUCGGAGAUUUUGGUGCCAGCAAGCGGCUGCAGACCAUCUGCAUGUCUGGUACCGGCAUCCGCUCAGUGACCGGCACCCCCUACUGGAUGAGCCCGGAGGUGAUCAGUGGAGAGGGCUACGGCAGAAAGGCCGACGUCUGGAGCCUCGGCUGUACGGUGGUGGAGAUGCUGACAGAAAAGCCGCCAUGGGCCGAGUUUGAGGCGAUGGCGGCUAUAUUCAAGAUUGCCACCCAGCCCACCAACCCCCUUUUGCCCUCACACACAUCGGACCAGGCUCGGGACUUCAUCGGCUGUAUCUUUGUGGAAGCCAAACACAGGCCCAGUGCUGAGGAGCUGCUCAGACAUCCCUUCUCUCAGAUUCUGUGCUGACUGACCUGCCUGGUUUCUGAACUUCACCCACAGAGUCUCACAGGAGCCUCAGCAGUAUCUGUAGCUUUCUCUGAAACACUUCCACGGCAGGGAUGUGGACAUGGCGCUCGUCAGGAGGCUGAUCAAACUUCUGCAACCGUUCAGAUGCUUCAAGGAAAUUCAGUCUCCUUUAGCACAGAUCCAAAGAUCAAAUGCCUUCAAAACCAGAAACCAAUGCCAGUACAUGCUCUCACCAACAGAGGGAAACAAAACACAGACAAAGCGUCUGCUCGGCUGCUGAUCCCUCUCAGAUACACACACACACACACACACACACAAACACACACACACACAUCCAUAUGAUGCCCUCCAAAGGCAGCAUCAUUCACGCACCAGUUGUGUCUUUAUAAAUGAUCCUCUCCAGUGUUUACAUUCACUUGUAGGGCUCUGAUACCAGGAAGCCCUUUAAGUGUUUGACAUUUAAACAUUUAGCUGAGCACAGUUUUAAAGCUACAGCAGGCCUAAAGCUCCACUUUGCCCGGUUGAUGUAAAGCAGUGUUAAUUUAACAGGAUUGUCCUCUUUUUUUUCAUUUUGGGUCCGUCAAAGAAACGCCACCCUUAAACUCCAUUAAAGCAUAGAAGUGAUGUCACAUGUGUAAAGAAGCUACACUGGAGCGUAACAGAGGAACAAGGGGCGGUCUUGCAGUGUGCAGAGGCUGCAGCCCUCAUCGCAGCGGUCGCAGGUUCGACUCCUGGCCAUGACCCUUUGCUGCAUAUAUCAUCCCCAAAUCUCUGCAUCCCACAUCUCCUCUCCCUCUCUCCAUCCCUAUCUGAUAAAUGCAAAACAUCCUAAAACAAAAAGAACAAUACUGAGCUUUCGAACAAACAGACUAGGACACUUUUAUUUUAAUUAAUAAUAGAGAAAUACAGAACGUCCUCCCCUGAAAGCUCUCCUUACAGACCAUGAUGCACUGCAGCUCCUGAUUCCAGUUGUGUUUCUUUAUGUAUUACGAUGACAGUCAAGUCAAAGCAUCAGAGAAGUAUUAACACAGAGAGCAUUAAGCAACUUAAACAGCUGUUCUGAAGGUAUUUUUUAAAACUUUGCAAACAAUCUGACUCAAAAUACUGUAACAUAUUUUGAUAAAACACCUUUUGUCAAGUUUCAGCUGUAGAUCAGUCGAUCAAAAACUAUGAUAAAGCAAAGACUACUAUGAUUUUAAGCUGCCGUCUUUGCUCUAUUUAAGAAAAUAGCUUGAUUAAGGUAACUUUAUGCUGUUUUUUCAGACAAAGCACAGCUCUAAUAUUCCAAAAAGAGCUCGGACAUACUGGUAGGUCAGUUCGAGUUACCUGCAUAAAGGAACAUUCACUUCUAGUCAGUGGCGUGUCCAGAGACCCUAGGGGCCACCCCAAAAUCCUAAGCUAUGAUUGGCUGUUUGCGUUGUCAGAGGUGGGGUUUCUGUUAAAAUCUAUAAUUUGGGAUGAGUUAAAAGUCUGACAGUAGAUUUCUUUAUUAGUGCCCUCAAAUGUGACUUUGAAAAAACAUCUUUUGUAAGUCCUUAAAGAAUCAAGCUCAGAAGAUUUAGGCCACCCCUGCCGAUGAGAGAGCCUCAGUUGGGCCACCCCGGUCAAAAAGUUCUGGACACGCCCCUGCUUCUAGUAAAGAAAAUCUUGUCUUUUGGAGAUGCUCUCAUUGCAGCUGUUGAACUACCUUACUGGUUUCUCUGAAAGGCAGAGUGGGAAGGAUUUGUUGGUUGCUGUUUGUAAACUUAUCAUUUCAAUUUGGCUCCUCCAGCCCGACUUAGCUUAAGUCUAGGAAUUGAAACAAAUGAAUCUGUUCAUUUGAGGUAUGAGUUUGAUGUGUGACUCUUCAUGAGGCUUCUAAACACACAUCACCCGGUCUUGUUCUAUCCGUCUCAGUGUGACGUAUCCCUCCAGCAGCCUGCGUCCUCUUGAAGGUGUUAAAGGUGUUCUCAGUGUACAAAGUGCCAAAAAGGAGCAGGACAUAUGCUCUGCGGUGGAAUUGGUAUUAUUUCAUGUGUGUUCAAAAUCCAAACUAAAGGCCUCACUUUAGGGAAGGUCUUAUUUUCAAGUGUGUCCGGACCAAACAUCCCUGACUGAGAAGCCUUUAGCUCGAGGAACCAUUUUUUAAAAUCAGAUGCACUUUUAUGUAAAAUGAAUGUUGUGGAGUUUUUGUUCUCUUGACCAAAUUUGAUUAUAUUUUUUACUUCAAAUGUGAAAAUUGUUUAAUUUCUAUUUAUGUCCCCGUGUCCAUCCCAGUCGGAUUUUUAUAAGCAAAUAUAUAUGUAUGAAUAUAUUUUUUAUAUUUAGACUGUGUCAGAAUUGAAUGAUACUCUCGGGAUUAUGUGUAGUUAAAGUAAAUCAUUAAAAGCAGCUGGUUUUGCAGACGUAACAGAAUAUGGGUUUAUAAAUGAAAGAUGGGUGGAAAGCAGACUCUGGCUGCCCGGUUCUCGAUCCAGCUCCAAAACCCUUUCAGUACAUUCAGACGACAGUGUUACCUGACAGGUUGAGGAAACUCUGCAUCAUUAUCACGUCUUUAAAAACGCAUGUAAAGGUUAAAUUUACAGAAGUAUGUGCUGGGGAAAACGUUUGUGUGUUCUCUGUUUUUGCAGAGUAAUUAAAGGAUGUAUGCGAGCCAAAGACGAGCAGGAUCAAAGCCAGUGCUGGACUUCAGAGUCUGCUUUCCAGCCUAGAUGACGACUUUGUUUAUCCCAGGGUUCAGACAACAAGUCCGGUGUUGAAUAAUAUUCUUGGCAAAGUGCUUCCUGCUGUCUCAAAGCUAAAAUGAGACCUCUCUGUGUGGCUGCUAAAAGCUAAAGGCAGCAAGAAUAUGUUGCAAUAAUUAAUUUUAAAGGAAGAGAAGAAGAACCCUGUGGUAAGCAAAUGAAUAUAAACUAGUGGUUUAGAGAUCUAUAUAUGUAAAAGUAUGAGUAUGUAUCAUGACGAGACUUGCAGUGCAAAGUCUGAUGUAUCAAAUUUAUUCUACAGCAGAAAAGAGUAGUAUGUUUAAAGACAGUGUUUAUAUAUACGUAUAUAUGUUGUAUACUGUAUAUAUGUCAUGCCCUCCUUCAAAAUAAAAGACUUGUUUUUAU